AUGCCUACCUCCAUACCCUACGACCCGAGUCUUGUGUUGAUGAGCGUGGUGAGCGAAGAGGCACUCACUAAUGUCGAAGCCAUCUCAAAGCUGCAAUCACCCGUUGAUGCUGCCCAUGAUGCUCUCAACUCUCUCAUUUCCUCCAAGAGAGGCCUGACCAUGACCAAGACCGAACUCAGAAACCUGGGCAUCGGGACUGAUGCUCUGGAUGAAGAGCUGAAGAAGCUGAACGCCGCGGUGGAAAAGGCCGCGGUCACGUAUGCAACUGCCAAAAUGGCUGCCGAACCUCAGAUCAUGCAACUGCGCCAGAAAAUACACUCGGUUCACAGGCAGAUCGAAAGCCCUGUCGACUACCUGCGCAGCGAGAUCAAGACAAUGCCACUUGCCGCCGACACCAUGAACAUGGACGUGCAGUACUUCUCUUUCGACUCCAACUCCCAAAACUCAGCUGCCUACAGCGCGCAGAUCGCCUCGUACGUAUCGGGGGCCGUCAGCAGCGUGUUCGGCACGACCCAGUCCAUGAAGAUCGGCACCGCAGCUUCGCGCCAGGUCAGUCGUCAAGUGAGCUCGCACAGCAUCGAGGGCACGCUCGUGCUGUCGGUCAGCUGCACCCACAAGAAUGCAUCCAUCGUGGCCCCGUUCGUGCUGCACAUCGACAAGGCCAUCAAAGUGUGGAACCAUCUCUUCCCUGGCAAGAAGUUAGAUCCGACAAGCGGUACCAGCAUGAUGAAGUGCGCCAUGAACGAGAGCCAAGAAGACAAGCAGAAAUUCUCCAUCAUCUCGGGCACCACUUUUGGAUCGAGCUUCAUCGGCAUGGUCCACGUGCUCAACUCCACCCACACCUCCGCCUCCGAGUCCAUGGAGGCAGCCGCCAUGUCCAUGCAGCGCACCAUGGACACGGGUGCCUGGUUUGCCAAAGCCGAGGGCAAGGUCGGCGUCAACGCCAAGUUUGCCAGCGACGUCAAGAACCUCCUCAGUCAGCAGAACGUCCAGUCUCACGUGACAGUCCUGACCAUGGGCGUGAUCCCUUCGAUGGUGGCCAACGAAGUCUCGAUUGCGGUCGAGAAGUUUGCCAAUUUCGACCCAAAGGCCAACAUGGAAGCCGUCGCCGCCAUACAGAACGCGACCUCAUCGGAGCAGGCCACGGUGCAGUCCAUGGCCGAGGCCUCCCGAACGAGUGGCCAGGCCUCCGAGAUGCAGGGCAAGGCCAUUGAGGCCUCGCUGAGCGCACUGGCGACCAUCGACGACGGCAAGAACAAGAUUCUGGACGUCAACUCGAUGAUGACGGCGCUGGAUGACUAUCUGAAGAAAGCGGCACAGGGCGAUUCCGGCGUUCCCAUCAACUACUACCUGAAGGAUAUUGAUCAGAAGAUGCUGGCGCAGAUGUGGGCUGCCAAGUACUAUCCUGGGAAGUUCAUGUCUAUCAAGUAUGAUGACACAGAGGCGGAGAGUGGAGAAGGUGGGCAAGAAAAGGCGAAGCUGUGA